AUGCCUACUCAAUUCUACUCAGGACACGAUGAUAUAGAGGGUAUUGAGAGAGCGGACAAGUUAGCAAAAGAAGCGGGAAAACUCUGGGCACCCACGUUUCACACUUUCACUCACACCAAACGACAAGCCAAAGCCAAGGCUCCGGAUGACUGGAAGAAGGAACACGCACGCAGAACCCCUCGAGGAGGAUUUGCUUUGGCAGAUGGACAACCAUCACGCUGGAAAGACACUACUUCAAUAACACCCCAAGAGAAGUCCACAGACGACUCAUAUACUGCCGUACCCGACAUGCUUUCCUCGGUGAAUACUACGCCAAAUUCGUACCAACAGAAUCAAUUCAGUGCCCCUGCGGUGCUCGUAAUAAACUCGAGAUCACAUCAUCCAAAUUUGCGAAAUAUACGACAACUAUCGAGACUUUCUAUGGGAUGUAUGAUUUAG